UGUCGGAGAGCUGUAUUUAAACAAAAACGAGCGAUUGACACAGAGAGAUCAAUAGGUAACUUGAUCCGGAUCGAUUUCCUGCGGCAAUGUAAAGAUGGCGAGAGUGCUCCACAACUUGCUGUUAUUUCUGAUCAGACUUGCGCUGAAAAUCAGAGUUUUGGGGUACUGGUCAUUGAUAUACGGUUAUUGUGCUCUUUGCACCAUCGUAGCCCUGCUGAAACUUUGGUGGAGCAUCGUGUUGAGGCCGACAGCCACCUUCCAAUGGGCGAUCCGUGAAACUCCCCCGGCUUGCCUGAAUGACACGUCCUUGGGAACCCACUGUUAUGUCAGGAUCAAGGAGUCCGGACUCAGGUUUCACUAUGUUGCCGCUGGAGAGAGAGGAAAGCCGCUCAUGCUGUUUUUACACGGCUUCCCCGAGUUCUGGUUCUCCUGGCGUUACCAGCUUCGCGAGUUCAAGAGUGAGUUCCGUGUGGUGGCUAUCGACAUGCGGGGCUACGGGGAGUCCGACCUGCCGCUCUCCACUGAAAGUUACCGCUUCGACUACCUAGUCACCGACAUCAAGGACAUUGUGGAGUACUUAGGAUACAACAGAUGUUGCCUUGUCGGCCACGACUGGGGCGGGACUAUAGCGUGGCUGUUCGCCAUCCAUUACCCAGAGAUGGUGACAAAACUCAUCGUCCUCAACAGCCCGCAUCCGUCUGUGUUCACAGAUUACGCUCUGCGUCACCCGAGCCAGCUGCUGAAAUCCAGCCAUUUCUUCUUCUUCCAGCUGCCCCGCUUCCCGGAGCUCAUGCUCUCCAUCAACGAUUUCAAGGCUCUGAAGGCCUUGUUCACCAGCCGCAACACAGGGAUCGGGAGGAAAGGCCGAUGGCUGACUGCAGAGGACUUGGAGGCCUAUCUGUAUGCACUCUCACAGCCGGGAGCGCUGACGGGAGCGCUCAACUACUACAGGAAUGUCUUCAGCUCCCUCCCUCUGAGCCACAACCACGUCAGGUCUCCGGUGCUGCUGCUGUGGGGGGAGCGGGACGCCUUCCUGGAGCAGGAAAUGGCCGAGGCCUGCCGCCUCUACAUCCGGAAUCAUUUCCGCCUCAACAUCAUCUCUGGAGCCAGUCACUGGCUGCAGCAGGACCAGCCCGACAUUGUCAACACCCUCAUAUGGACCUUCCUCAAGGAGGGAGAGGGACGCAAAAGCUACAGGAACUAAAGCCCACAGCGGGGCCCCCUCCGGCCCCCCCCCCCCCCCGUCCCCUCUCGCUUGCCACACCUGGAAGCCUGGAAUAUGCCUGUGAUACCAAGCAACAUAGUGAUAAUGCAAUCAUUCUUUAAACCUUUCACAUUUCAGUUACUUGUUAAAGCGGUAAAGAAAAAGAGUCAAAGCACACUUCACUGGAGAGGACACUGAGCAGUACACAUAUUCAAGAUGUUUUUUGCACAUGACAUCCGCCUUAAAGUUUGUCAGUUACAGCGUUACAAAAUGUGUGGCAAAAACAAAAAAAUCUCCCGGUGACUUGUAUUGUGUGGUGCCUUUUUAACUCUGGAGUUGUCGCGGUGUGCAGCUGUCCUGAGAGACCGGGAUGUGGCGUCGUCUGCUUGUAUGUUUCACCGGGGGUCGCUCCACUCUUCUUUGGGCACGGUCCUUUUGGGAACUCUCCCGCUCCCUUUAUCAGGUAGUGUUGUCUGAAGGAGGUUUUCUUUUUUUGUGUAUUUUUUCCUCAGAGAUACUUGCUCAAACAUUAGAGAAUGUGGUUAUUUGGAUCUUCCUGUAUAGUGAUGGUUGACUAUUGUACGAUUUUGUAUCUAUUCCUACACACUGCAUUUUGAGAUUCACUGAGCCAAGUCUACACCGUUUGAUUUUAUAAAUAAACUGAGUGUCAAUCUGUUGGACUACACUGCUUUUUCUAAGAGUGAUAAUAACACCAGUAAUAAUAAUACCGGCGGUGUGU